AUGAGUCAAACACCAAGUCUGAAACGAAAACAGCAGACGAUAUCUAGCUUCUUCACCAAAACUGUACCCAGUCCGUCGUCUGGUGGGAGCACUGCCGAACAGAAGAACGGGAAAAGGGAUACAAGCCACCAAUCUACUCGAGAAUUACCUGGCAGGUCAAAGUCGAAAGUUUCGCCAAAAGCAAAGAGCAAUGGUACAAAGCAAGAUGUCGAGGAAGACGAGGACGAGGAUGAGGUCGUACUCCCGGUUAAAAAGCGGAUAAGAAGCAGUGCAUGGAAGGCCCCUGGGAAUGAAUCAGAGAAAUCAAUAACUGGAAAACAUGGUACUGAAGAAGAUGAAGAAGAAGAAGAGGCGGGUGAAGAGGGAGAAGAGCUCCGACCUUCAAGUCCUAUACAAAACACGGAGCCUCAAUCUUCUGCAUCUCGAGCAGAGAGAUUCCGGUUCCAGUCCUCGCCCGUGCAGCCCCCGACGGACGAACAUAUAUCACCUGCAGAGCGCAAAAAGAAGGACCAAUUGCAUCAGAAAUUCGUGCGUCGGCUGGGUGGGCCGGAUUGUCUUCCAGCAUUAAACUCCCAUGAUGGUGCCUCUGAAGUAGACCUAGUUGUUGAAGGUGCAGCGAGUGACGAGGAGGAAGAAGAUAGCCCGCCUCCUGCUCCAAAGGGUAGAGCUGCGAAGAAAGCUGGAGGAUCUAAGCUAACACCAAUGGAGAGGCAAAUAAUGGAGAUCAAGAACAAGCAUCUCGACGCCGUGUUACUCAUCCAGGUUGGGUACAAGUACCAGUUUUAUGGCGAGGAUGCGAGAAUAGCAGCCAAGGUUCUCAGUAUAGUGUGUAUACCGGGGAAACUUAGGUUUGACGAGCACCCAUCGGAAGCACAUCUGACUCGUUUUGCAUCCGCAAGUGUACCUAUCCACCGUCUCCAUGUACAUGUCAAACGACUGGUGGCAGCUGGAUAUAAGGUCGGCGUUGUAAAGCAGCUGGAGACCGCUGCGCUAAAGGCUGCUGGAGAUAACAGAAACGCACCAUUCGUGCGGAAACUUACCAAUAUGUAUACCAAGGCAACGUACAUUGAAGACGAUGCUGAGCUUGAACUAUCUGGUGCUCUGGAACCGUCUACAGGCUACUUACUGUGUUUAACAGAGAGCGGUGCUAAAGGGCAAGGAGAUGGCGAGAAAGUUCAAAUCGGAAUUGUUGCGGUUCAGCCAGCGACUGGGAACGUCAUAUAUGACAGUUUUGAGGAUGGGUUCAUGAGGAGCGAGAUUGAAACCAGACUGCUCCAUAUUGCUCCCUGCGAAUUGCUCUUGGUUGGUGAUCUGUCUGCUGCAACCAACAAACUUGUUCAGCAUCUGGCCAAAGGUAGAAUGACUACCUUUGGGGAUAGUGUUCGAAUUGAGCGGAGGGAGAAAUCUAAGACUGCGGCAGCCGAAGCACAUAGUCAUAUAUCCAGCUUCUAUGCCGGAAAGAUGGCCGCUACUGGCUCACCAGAGGAUACCAACGCGAGCAAUCUGCUAGAUCAGGUGCUCAAGCUACCUGACGACGUGACCAUCUGCCUAUCUGCCAUGAUUAAGCAUUUGACAGAGUAUGGGCUUGAACAUGUUUUUGAUUUGACGAAAUACUUUCAGUCAUUUUCUGCAAGAUCUCAUAUGCUGCUUAACGGAAACACAUUAACGAAUCUAGAGAUAUACCAAAACCAGACAGACUACUCGUCAAAAGGUAGUUUAUUUUGGAGCAUGAACCGGACGCGGACGAAGUUUGGCCAACGCCUACUCCGGAGAUGGGUUGGGAGACCAUUGCUAGACAAAGCAAAGCUGGAGGAGCGCACAGAGGCUGUUACAGAACUGCUUGACUCGGACAAGUCUACUCUUACGUAUAACCUAGGGGCUACCUUGUCGCAGGUCAGAGUAGACCUCGAAAAGGCUUUGAUUCGGGUGUACUAUGGGAAGUGCUCUCGGCCGGAACUGUUGACGAUGCUCAAAAGCAUGCAGUCAAUUGCUGCGAGCUUUGCCCAUGUAAAGUCCCCGGCUGACUCUGCGUUUAAGUCUCCUAUUCUAAGCGAAUCAAUUGCCAUCCUGCCUACAAUGCAUGAUGAUGUUGUUUCAUACUUGAAUAAAAUCAAUGAAACAGCUGCAAAGAAGGAUGACAAAUAUGACUUUUUCCGCGAGUCAGAGGAGUCAGAGGAGAUCGGCGAACAUCGUCUAAUGAUCGGAACGAUCGAGUAUGAGCUCAAAGACCAUUUAAAGUCUAUAGCCGAGACUCUAGGCAAAAAGAAAGUCCAGUAUGUUUCAGUUGCAGGGAUCGACUAUUUAGUUGAAGUUGAGAACUCUCAAGGUGCUUUGAAGAAAGUACCAGCCUCCUGGCGGAAGAUUAGUGGAACUAAAAAGGUAUCACGCUUCCAUACCCCUGAAGUCGUGAAGAUGAUGCGAGAAAGGGACCAACAAAAGGAGUCGUUGGCUGCUGCUUGUGACACAGCAUUCUUGAAGCUGCUGUCGGAUAUUUCAACGAAGUACCAGCUAUUUCGGGACUGUAUCCAAGCGCUCGCGACAAUUGACGCAUUGCACUCGCUAUCUGUGAUUGCCGCACAGCCAGGCUAUGUCAAGCCCAAAUACACGGAUGACACGAUCAUCAACAUUACUCAAGGCCGCCAUCCGAUGGUUGAGAAGGUUCUGAUUGAUUCCUAUGUGCCCAAUGAUACCCAGUUAAGCACGGAUGAAACUAGGGCUUUACUGAUUACCGGUCCCAAUAUGGGAGGAAAGUCUAGCUACGUCCGCCAGAUAGCUUUAAUCUGCAUCAUGGGUCAGAUUGGCUCAUACGUGCCGGCUGAAUCCGCUACGUUAGGAAUGCUUGACGCCGUGUACACUCGUAUGGGGGCAUUUGACAACAUGCUUGCAGGUGAGUCUACUUUCAUGGUCGAACUAUCGGAAACGGCCGAUAUCUUGAAACAAGCUACGCCUCGUUCACUAGUGAUACUCGACGAGCUAGGUCGUGGGACGUCUACACAUGAUGGUGUGGCUAUAGCACAGGCAGUGCUUGACUACAUGGUUCGCAACUUGAGAAGUUUGACCCUGUUCAUCACACACUACCAGAACCUGAGUCGGCUUGCAAGUGCGUUUCCAGGCGGUGAAUUACGCAAUGUCCACAUGAAGUUUACUGAAAGCGGAGAUCAUGGACAGGACAUUACUUUCCUAUAUGAAAUUGGUGAAGGAGUGGCUCACCGAUCAUAUGGAUUGAAUGUUGCCAAGCUUGCAAAUAUUCCAGCUGGAAUAUUGGAGGUAGCUCAGGUCAAGUCCCAAGAGCUCGAGGCUAAAAUCAGCAGAAAAAAGAUGGGAGGCGUUCUCCGGGGUAUGUUCCAGACCUUGUCUGAUGAGAGCACAAGUGAUAGUGCUGGAGAGCAAGUUGAACGCCUUCUCAAUGAUAUUGAAUUGUUGUAA